GGAAGACGGUCUCCGUCCCAGCUCGAUCAUCUCCUCGCUUUGCCUCUCCUCGUUCUCAAUUCUCCAAUGCUUAUCUCCCCCGCAUCCACAAACUCAAGCUUGCCCUCGGGCUCCUUCUGGAGCAAGUUCAAGGGCUCCGGCAACAGAAACAAUAACCAGAGCAAGGACACAGACAUGCGCCAACAGGCUCAGAACGCCCUCAGCAGGCAGCGCCUCCUCACCCUCGUCUACAUCGACAUGGAGACAGUUCGCAUGCUCCCAGCUACAUUUGCGGAGCUCGACGCCUUGGCACGAGACUGGAUCAAGCCUCCUCCCGACGCUGUCUUUAGUCUCCGUGUCCCAAUAGAUUUCGUUAGCAUACAUACCGCCCGCCUCGUGUCUGGUGAUUAUAUAUACUUGACCAGCGAAGACUCGUACCAGAUCGCCACCAUGGGCGUUCCCGGUCUCCGCGUCGAGAUCGUCAGUGACGGUCCCCCGCCACCCGACGAACCUCCUCCGCCGCCCCCGCCCCCCGUCCUCGAGAUGCCCGCGACGUUUAACCUUGAGCUAACCCCGGGCCAACAUGUCGCCCUUGACACGACCGUCUCGUCUGAUGAGCUCGACAUGGCCCGCAUGGAGGACGGCACGACCGUCGACGGCAUGUUCUGGGGCAAGCUCGACAUCGUGCACGACGGCGACACGCACAAGAUGGAGUUCUCCGGCACCCGCCUGCAGGGCGAAGAUGUCCCGCCCGAGCUGCUUGUCGACACGCGCGUGAUCACGAAGCUCGCCGUCGCCGCGAAGCCCCCGGUCGCGCGCUGCCGUUUGAGUCUCAUCGCGCCGUCGACGCAGUAUUGCGAGGUCACGCUCCAGUGCGCGCCAAUGUGGACGAUGGGGAUCACGUGGCCCACCGCGGAGACCCUCGAGGAGGGCAAAGUCAAGUAUUUCCUCCGCGUGCACCCCGGCGGCGGGUUUGAGCACUUUGAGACCGAGAUGGUCGCGUCGUCGAUCUAUUACGAAGUCAUGCCCGACGCGACGAUGCUCGAUCCUGCCGACUUUGUAGCCCCUAGGAACAGCUUUGCGAUGCCGUUCAACGACUUUUUGCCGCACCUGAUGGGGGUGCUAGACCAGUUGGGCAUGUCGGUGCACGCUCGCACCGAUUUCAUCAACACCCACCUGCACUCCUUCGCGAUGCACCGCUACAUUGCGUACCGGUUCCUCUCGCCCGCGCGCAUCGCCGCGGCGGUCGACAUGGCGGUCACGGCGGACGCGGUGUUCACGCGCUUGUUCCUCAUCUUCCGCGGGCUGUCGGAGGAGGAGGCCGAGACGUUCGCGGGAGCGGGCGAGAAGGAGGCCAACGCGCACAACUGGCGCGAGGUCGUCGGGUGGUCGGAGCACUCGAAGGACACGACGCAGUUCCGGCUGCUGGAGACGUCGGUGCUGGACAUGUCCGUUCCCUCCGUCCCGUUCUGUAUGCGCCAUUUCUCUGUUCCUCGCCGUCGCCGUCGCCUCUUGUCUAUCCUUUAUGAUAUACCGGUCUGAUCUAUCCUGGAAUUCAUACCUCGUCCUUCCACAUACACAUCUUCUUUCUCCUCGCCAUGUUUUGCAGCGCUCUGCGAAAGUUGUACCAGUGGAUCUAUGUACUGUACAUGCCUCGUCUCUAACCUGACCUGACCCGACCCACUUCCCUCGCAGCUACUUACAGUGUCUCGCAGCACUCCCCGCCCAUGUAUCGAAAGCUAGACAGUUGGUAUGUUAUGCUGUAGAAGCGGUUAAGAUCCCCCUACGUGUAUGUAUGUACGUACCGUGCAACGUGAUGAAAACUUGGAAAGCG